UGAAUUUGACAAUUAAUAGCAAAUGACAGUCAAUUGAGAGCCAAUCAUAUGAUUGUAAUCGUGUUUUAGGACAUAAAAUGUCAAUUAAAAGGCCGUAUAUUUGAUUGAUCUAUAGGAGACAAUUAGCCACCACUAUGUCCUCUGAAGACAGCGGUUCCCAAAAUGGCAGCACUGCUCUGAUAGGCGUCUGUCAAUUGAAUUGCAAUGAAGACAAAGAGCGCAACUUUACCGCCGCUCAAAAGCUGAUCCGCAAGGCGUCGAGUCUGGGCUGUGAACUGGUUUUCCUCCCGGAAUGCUUUGACAUGAUCUGCGGGACACAGAAGCAGAUAAUGGCCAACACUGAGCCCAUCGACGGCCCACUCAUCACCAGAUAUAAAGAGUUAGCAAAAGAGGCCAACGUUUGGCUCUCGUUAGGAGGUCUUCACGAGAAGAAAACUCAUUCAGACGACGGAAAGGCAUUAAACGCUCACUUGAUUAUCGAUAACAAGGGAUCCGUUGUGUCUGUCUAUAGAAAAGUACAUUUAUUUAAUCUGGAAAUUCCGGGAGUCGUCCGACUCGUUGAGUCUGAAUUCUCGACGGCCGGCGACCGAGUGGUGCCUCCCGUCCCGACACCCGUCGGCAAUAUAGGUCUCGGCAUAUGUUAUGACAUAAGAUUCGCUGAAUUUGCCAUUUCUUUGGCAAAGUCUGGAGCGGAUAUCUUAACC